AUGGAGGCGGGGACCCGUUGCCAGGGCAACGGCGGUGUCGGUCUUUCUCCUCCUCCCGGUGCCGGCGGCUCCCUGCCGGUUCCCGCCCCCGUCGGGGCUCCGGUGCGGGUUUGGCGGCGGUGGCCGGUCGGUGGCCGGUCGGUGGCCGGGGGCCGGGGCCGGGCCCGGGACCCCGGUGACCGUGCCCGGAGGGCGUGGGACCGGCCGGCGGCCUUGGCGGCCCAGGCCCGGCAGGCCGAGGCCCUGCAGCGGAUGGCCCAGGUGGCGCACAGAGGCCUGCACCAGAAUCAGAGCGUGGACUCAGAGGGCAUCCUCUCCAUGCCCCUGUCUGGGCUGGCCCAGGGCCUGCGGAAUGGGUCCCUGGCUCCUGAAGCUGUCCUCCACACCUACCUAAACAAGGCCUGGCAGGUGAAUAAAGACAUUAACUGUGUGACCGACUACCUGGACGAGUGCGAGAGCCAGCUCGAGGAAGUGAAGAAGCAGAAGGCCCGUGGCUUGCUCUACGGCGUGCCCGUCAGCAUCAAGGAGUGCUUUGCCUACCAGGGCCACGACUCCACACUGGGCCUGUCCAAGUACCUGGGGGAGCCGGACACAGAGGACAGCGUGGUGGUGCAGGUGUUGAAGAAGCAGGGGGCCAUCCCCUUCGUCAAGACCAACGUCCCACAGUCCAUGUUCAGCUUCGACUGCAGCAACGUGCUCUUCGGCCGCACGCUGAACCCCUGGAACCCGGCCAAGACUCCGGGCGGCUCGUCGGGCGGAGAAGGGGCCCUCAUCGCGGCCGGGGGCUCCAUCCUGGGCCUGGGCACGGACAUCGGCGGCAGCAUCCGCUUCCCCUCCUCCUUCUGCGGCAUCUGUGGAUUCAAGCCCACCGGGGACCGGAUCAGCCGACAAGGCCUGAAGGGCUGCGUUUACGGGCAGAAGUCAGUCAACCUGGCCGUAGGGCCGAUGGCCAGAGACGUGGACAGCCUGGCCCUGUGCAUGCGUGCGCUGCUCUGCGAAGACAUGUUCAGUCUGGACCCCACCGUGCCCCCCGUCCCCUUCAACGAGAAGGUGUACGCCAGCACUCAGCCUCUGCGCAUUGGCUACUAUCAGUCGGACAACUUCACCAUGCCCAGCCCGGCCAUGGAGCGAGCUGUUCUGGAGACCAAGCAGCGGCUGGAGGACGCCGGCCACACGCUGGUGCCCUUCCUGCCCGAAGACGUCCCCUCCGUCAUGCAGGACCUGGCCCCCAGCGGAUUGUUCAGCGACGGGGGCGAGACCUUUCUGGAGAACUUCAAAGGAGAUCAGGUGGACUCCUGCCUCAGUGACCUGGUCCUCAUACUGAAGAUACCGAACUGGCUGAAAUGGCUCCUGGCGUUGUUCAUCAAGCCGCUGGCCCCGAGGAUGUCCAGCUUCCUGAACAACAUGAGGGCAAGGUCUGCCAGGGACCUGUGGAAGGUGCACCAUGAGAUUAAGGAGUAUCGUCACAGCAUCAUCACUCAGUGGAAGAAGGAGAAUCUUGACGUGGUGUUGUGUCCCAUGCUGGGGCCCGCUCUGAGCAAUAACUACCCUGGGAAAGCAACAGGUGCCGUCAGCUACACCAUGCUCUACAACUGCUUGGACUUUCCCGCGGGAGUGGUGCCAGUCUCCAAUGUGACCCAGCAGGACGAGGACAAGCUGGCUCAGUGCCGCGGCUACUUCCUGGACAUCUGGGACAAGAUGUUCCAGAAGGGCCUGGUCGGCUCGGUAGGUCUUCCCGUGGCCGUGCAGUGCGUGGCCCUGCCCUGGCAUGACGAGGCUUGUCUGCGACUUAUGAGGGAGGUGGAGCGACUGAGCCCGAAGAUAAAGCCGAGACCCUAGCCGCCAUCCACAGGCCGCCCUCACCGUCCUCAGGCUGCCCUCAUCGUCCGCAGGCCGUCCCACCAUCCUCAGGCCGCCCCCACUAUCCUCAGGCCCUCCCUCCAGCCCCUCAGCAGGAGCCACCCGAGAAGCUGCUGCUGCCACAUCCCCUUCCACCCAUCUGUCUGUCCAGUGCUUGUCGCCAUGGCCCCUUUGAGAUGGUGAGCUUGGAGUGGGGGGGCCCUUCCUCCCUGCUCUCCCCGUCCCAGAGGAGGAGGCUCUGUUGACCUGAGACUUGAUCGAGGGGCUCUUCUGGAGCUGGAGGGGGUCAGGGGGGUGGCCCUGGGACCAGACUGACCUUAGAUUUAGAACCCCCAAAGGGGUCAAGCUACCAGGGCCUGCGUCUGGAGAUUCUGGAGGGUCUGGAGAUGGGACUGGAUGGCAAGUGACUUUCCAGCCAUGAUGGGUUCAGGAGGCACCGGGAAAGAUCUGGGAGUGCUUUUCCGAAGCAGACUCCUAAGCCCCACAGUGCCAUCCCAGGGGCUACUACUUCCUGCUUCCUCUCAUUCCCCCUAGCCCUCACACCCAGCUCCCUCUACUUCCCACGAGUCCCAGGGCUUUCCGCUUCCCCAUCUUGCUUCUGGUAACAGUAGGUGCCAUGGCCCCUCAGAUGUGACCCUUCUCUGUCCCCCUACACCCACCCACCAUUCCCCGCCCGAGUGUCAGAAGGCCUGACAGGAAACCAGUUGUGCUUGUGGUUAUUAAAAGACAGACAUGUGGAAAUAUAAUUUAUGUGCCUUGAAAAAAGCACUCAAAAUCUCUC